GUCCGGGUAGAAAGAGCAGGGUCACCUGUACCCAGCUGUCUGUCCAUGAAGAGUGAUCAUUCAAUGGGUCCUCCACUAGACUUCAGAGGAGAGUUCACAAGUGAUCAAAGGGACAGGCAGCGGGUAGAAAGAGCAGGGUCACCUGUGCCUAGCUGUCUGUCCAUGAAGAGUGAUCAUUCAAUGGGUCCUCCACUAGACUUCAGAGGAACAUUCACAAGUGAUCAAAGUGUGGUGAAAGUGAAAGUCUUGUUCUCUGUCAAAGAGUUCAUCUCCUCUUUCAUCGCGUCAGCCCACAUUUUUGACUUCUUAGAGUCCAUAGCCUCUCUAAAUGUUUUAGGUACAGUCUAUGAGGUCCCAAUUUCAACAGUGGAGAAACUGGAAAGAGGAGUCACCGGCUACAUUAAGAAGUGGCUCGGAGUCCCACAGUGCCUUUCCACCAUAGGCCUCUACGGAGAUUGUGCCCUCAAACUGCCUCUCACUAGUCUCACAGAGGAGUUCAAGUGCGCUAAAGUGAGACUUCAGAUGACACUGAAUGAAUCCCGAGACGCAGUAGUGAGUAACAACGCACCGACCUUGGCAGCAGGCCGCAAAUGGAGACCAGCCAGAGCAGUGGAGGAGGCAACAACAGCUCUCAGACAUGCGGACAUCGUGGGACAUGUUCAGCAAGGAAGAGGAGGCCUCGGGUUAACAAGUAACUGCCCAGCUUGGAACAGAGCCACAGCUCCAGAACGGAGGAAGAUGGUGGUGGAGGAAGUAGGCCACCAGGAGGAAGCCGCAAGGCCAGCCUCCCUCAAACACAUACUUGCAGGGUGUAAAGUCAGCCUCACCCAGGGACGUUACACCUGGCGUCACAACCAAGUCCUAAAGAGCCUUGCCUCCACCCUGGAAAACAAACGAGUCGCCACCAACUCCCUGCCACUAUCAGCAUCUGACCCCCGGCAAACAACCAUCUUUGUCCGUGAGGGGGCUAAGGUAAUCAGGAGCAGCUCCACACCACUGGAGCAAGGCCAGCUUCGCUUAGCCUGCGAUUGGAAGAUGCUGGUGGAUGUUGGCCGGCAGCUCGUAUUUCCUCCAGAGAUUGCAACCACCACCCUGAGGCCUGACAUGGUACUCUGGUCCCCUUCUCGCAGGAAGGUCUUCAUCAUUGAGCUUACUGUACCCUGGGAGGACUCCGUGGACGAGGCUUAUGAGCGGAAACAUCUACGCUAUGCCGAGCUAGCUGCUGAAGCACAACAUCGCGGCUGGAACACUGAAGUCCGCCCUGUGGAAGUGGGGUGCAGAGGGUUUGUGGCAACAUCUACCACCAGAUUGCUCAGAGACCUGGGAGUGAGAGGCCAGAGCCAGCGCCUAGCCAUCAAGGCCUUGUCGGAGGCAGCAGAGAGAAGCAGCCAGUGGCUGUGGAUGAAGAGGCAAGACCCCUGCUGGUCUCUCCUGCACACUCUGGUGGAGCUGAAGAGGAAUGGAAAGUUUAAACUGUUUCAGAGUCAUCUGAAUCAGGACUGCCCAGAAUGCUUUAAGACUCUGUCUGAAGAACCUUCUGUGCUGGAGAAGUUCAUGAAGAUGAAGGAAUCCUUCAAGUGUCAUCAAAGCCAUGAUUACUCAGAAUGCAGUGAGAGAGAGCAGGAGGAUCCUGAGGUCCUGUACAUUGUUGAGAAGAUGCUGGAGACCUGUGGCAGUGAGAGGUCUCUGAAGAUCACACUCCACAUCCUGAGGAACAUGAAGCAGAAGGAUCUUGCUGACUCACUGGAGAAAGAGCAGCACAAUGAAUCCAUUAAAAGAGCCCAGCAGGAACUGAAAACUCAUCUGAAGAAGAAGUUUGAAUGCAUAUUUGAAGGUUCAGCAACGCAGGGCCACUCGACCCUCCUCAAUGAGAUCUAUACAGAGCUCUACAUCACAGAGGGGGGAAGUGAGGGGGUGAAUAAUGAGCACGAGGUCAGACAGAUUGAGAUGGCAUCCAAGAGACAAACCACCCAGGAGACUCCAAUCCUCUGCAAUGACAUCUUUAAGCCUUUACCUGGACAAGAGAAACGCAUCAGAACUGUGCUUACAAAGGGCAUCGCUGGCAUUGGGAAAACUGUCUCUGUGCAGAAGUUCAUUCUGGAUUGGGCAGAAGGAAAAGCCAAUCAGGAUGUUGAUUUCAUGUUCACUCUUCCUUUCCGAGAUCUGAAUCUGAAGAAGGAAAGAGCAUUCAGUCUGAUGCAACUUCUGCAGCACUACUUUCCACAACUGAAAGAGAUCCAAAGUGUUGAAGGUGAUGAAGUGAACAUUGUGUUUAUCUUCGAUGGCCUGGAUGAGUGUCGACUUCCUCUACAUUUCCAAAGCAAUGAGAUCUGCUGUGAUAUAACAGAGUCAUCAUCAGUGGAUGUGCUGCUGACCAACCUCAUUAAGGGGAAUCUGCUUCCCUCUGCUCUCCUCUGGAUCACCUCCCGACCUGCAGCAACCAAUCAGAUCCCUCCUGAGUGCAUCCACCAGGUGACAGAGGUACGAGGGUUCAAUGAACUGCAGAAGGAGGAGUACUUCAGAAAGAGAAUCAGAGCUCAGAGCCAGGCAAGCAGAAUUAUCUCACACAUACAGUCAUCCAGGAGUCUCUACAUCAUGUGUCACAUACCAGUCUUCUGCUGGAUUUCUGCUACUGUUCUGGAGACAAUGUUGGGUAAAGUAGAUAGUGGAGAUCUGCCCAAAACUCUGACUGAAAUGUACACACACUUCCUGCUCAUUCAGACUAAUGUGAAGAAUCUGAAGUAUCGUGGCUCUGAUGAAACAAACCCAAAGACGUCAGCAUCAGAUACAGAAAUCAUCCUGAAACUGGGGCAGCUGGCUUUUGUACAGCUGGAAAAGGGCAAUCUGAUAUUCUAUGAAGAGGACCUGAGAGACAGUGGCAUUGAUGUCAGUGAAGCUUCAGUGUACUCUGGGGUGUGCACAGAGAUCUUUAAAGAGGAGCGUGGGUUGGAUCAGGAGAAGGUCUACUGCUUUGUGCAUCUGAGCAUUCAGGAGUAUCUGGCUGCUUUGUUUGUGUUUCAUUCAUGUGUACAUGAGAAGAGAAAUGUGCUCAGAGCAGAAGAAUCAAAACCUCACCGUGACAGAGUGCAGCUGUCUGAGUUACAUGAGACUGCAGUGUAUCAGGCCUUAUGGAGUGAGAAUGGACACCUGGACCUUUUCCUCCGAUUCCUUCUCGGCCUCUCUCUGGACUCCAUUAAGACCCUCUUAGGAGGACUACUGACACAGACAGGAAACAGAUCCCCUACAGAAAGCAGAUCAGAGAGCAUUGAGAAAACAGUCCAUUGCAUUAAGACAAACAUCAAAUCUGUAUCUUCAGCAGAGAGGACCAUCAAUCUGUUCCACUGUCUCAAUGAACUGAAUGACAACUCUCUAGUGGAGGAAAUCCAGAAUUCCCUGAGAUCAGGAAAGCUUUCUGAUAAAAAGCUGGAACCACACCAAUGUUCAGCUCUGGCCUUUGUGUUACUGAUGUCAGAGGAGAUCCUGGAUGAGUUUGACUCUCAGACCUACACCACAUCAGCAGCAGGCCAUCAGAGAUUGGUACCAGUAGUCAGGAACUGCAGGAAGGCCAUACUGAACAGCUGUGCCUUAACAGAAGAGUCCUGUAAAGUUGUGACCUCAGCUCUCCAGUCAUCAAACUCACCCCUGAGAGAUCUGGACCUCAGCUACAAUAACCUGGGAGAUGCAGGAGUGAAGUUGCUCUGUGCUGGACUGAUGGGUCCAAACUGUAAACUACAGAGACUGGACCUCAGCAACAAUAACCUGGGAGAUGCAGGAGUGAAGCUGCUCUGUGCUGGAUUGAUGAGUCCAAACUGUCAACUAGAGAGACUGGGUAAACUACAGAGACUGGACCUCAGCAACAAUAACCUGGGAGAUGCAGGAGUGAAGCUGCUCUGUGCUGGAUUGAUGAGUCCAAACUGUCAACUAGAGAGACUGGGACUGAACAGCUGUGCCUUAACAGAGGAGUCCUGUAAAGUUGUGACCUCAGCUCUCCAGUCAUCAAACUCAUCCCUGAGAGAUCUGGACCUCAGCUACAAUAACCUGGGAGAUGCAGGAGUGAAGUUGCUCUGUGCUGGACUGAUGGGUCCAAACUGUAAACUACAGAGACUGGACCUCAGCAACAAUAACCUGGGAGAUGCAGGAGUGAAGCUGCUCUGUGCUGGAUUGAUGAGUCCAAACUGUCAACUAGAGAGACUGGGGCUGGGUUGGUGUAAUCUCACAGAGGGCUGCUGUCAUGUUCUGGCCUCAGUCUUGUGUUCUCCUCACUCAGAGCUGAGUGAUCUGGAGCUCAGAGACAACGAGCUGCAGGAUUCAGGUGUGAGAGCGCUCUCUGCUGGACUGGAGGACCCACACUGUAAACUGCAGAGACUGGGGCUGUCAGGCUGUAGAGUCACACAGAGAGGCUGUGAUUCUCUGGCUUCAGCUCUGUGUUCAAACCCCUCACACCUGAGAGAGCUGGACCUGAGAUACAAUCACCCAGGAGACUCAGGAGUGAGAGCGCUGUCUGCUGCUAAACUGGACACACUCACACUGCUUGUGGAACAUGGAGGAGAGAACAGGAUCAAACCAGGACCCAGGAAAUACGGCUGUCGGCUCACACUGGAUCCAAACACAGUGCACAGAGAGCUGUCUCUGUCCGAGGGGAACAGGAAGGUUCCACUGUCCCCCCCAGCAUGA